AUGAAGUACCUCGCUGCUCUCGCUCUGGCUUUCGCCGCCUCCAUCUCGGUCGCAUCGGCUGGCCCCGAAGGCCCCGUCGCCGUCCCUCCCGGACAGGGCCGCUCCAGCCGUGGUGUUCGCUCCGUCAUCACCGGCCACAAGAUCCGCUCCCAUGUCCAUCACUCGCGCAGGCAGCACCACAACGACGACCUCGUCCUCCUCGACCGCAGGCUCAACAACGCAACCAUCAACGCAGACGACGAGGAGGUCGCCGCCAUCGCUGCCGCCCACAACAAGCGCAACACUUGCACUCCCAAGAAGAGCGCCGCCAAGACCUCCAACGCCUACCGCGUCAAGGGCGGCUCCGGCUCCGGCUCCAGCUCCUCUUCCGGUUCCAGCUCAAGCUCCAGCUCGGGUAGCGGCAACGGCGACGGCUCCGGUUCCAGCUCCAGCUCCAACUCGGGCUCGUCCAGCUCCAGCUCCGGCAACGGCAACGGCUCUUCUUCGUCGUCGUCUUCGUCGUCCAGCUCCAGCUCCAGCUCCAACUCCAACGGUUCCGGCUCCUCGUCCAGCUCCUCGUCGUCCUCAUCCUCGUCGUCCGCCUCCACCUCGCAGUGGAAGCUGGUCAAGUCCUACUCGGGCUCAAGCUUCUUCGACGACAUGGACUUCUACACCAAUGCCGACCCCACCCACGGCUCCAUCACCUACGUCGGCCAGGACCAGGCAAGGAACCAGGGCCUCAUCGGCACCAACAACGGCAAGGCCACCAUGAAGAUCACCCCCGGCAACGGCUGGGCGCAGUCGGUGCGCAUCAACACCAAGGACUCGUUCACCACGGGCAUCUUUGUGCUCGACGCCGAGCACAUGCCCGUCGGCUGCGGUGUGUGGCCCGCCUGGUGGUCCACCCCGACCAACCCCAACGGCGGCUGGCCCAACGGCGGCGAGAUCGACAUCAUCGAGGGCGUCAACGACUACUCGUACAACACCUACUCGAUCCACACCACCGGCGGCUGCACCGUGCCUGCCAACCCCAACAUGUCGGGCAAGUUUACGCUCCAGGAUAGCCGCGCCACCAACUGCGCCUCGGACGCCACGGGCAACCAGGGCUGCGGCGUCACCUCGACCAAGGGCGGCGACUUUGGCGUGCAGUACAACAAGAACGGCGGCGGCGUCCACGUCAUGUACUGGUCCGAGUCCGACGGCAUCUCGACCUACUUCUUCCCCAAGGGUCAGGUGCCCAGCGACAUCAGCUCCGGCUCGCCCGACCCGUCCAACGGCGGAUGGGGCACCCCCAUGGCGCACUGGCCCGCCUCGCAGUGCAACAUUGGCAACUACUUCUACAACCACGUCGUCGUCUUCACCAACACCGUCUGCGGCGACUGGGCCGGCUCGGGCGCGGUGUGGAACAACGCCAUGAACGGACAGUCGCAGUCGUGCCAGGCCAUGACUGGUCAGGGCUCCUGCCAGGCCUACCUCGGUAACAACCCGGACUUCAGCGAGGCCUACUGGUCCAUCAACUCGCUCAAGAUCUACCAGACUUCGCGCCGUUCCUAG